AUCAAAUUCAUCAAAGCUGCUUCGACAGCUGCUCGAGAUGACUUUCCCUCGAUGCUAAUGUGCUCGAUGCAUUGACGCAUGCCGCAACGAGACCUGAGCGCAGUUUCCGGCCGCAGCCGCUCUUUUGGCGGUUGCGCAACAUGCCGAACUCGUCACACGAAAUGCGAUGAAGGUCGCCCUACGUGUGUUGCGUGCAGGAAUGCAGGGGUACAAUGUGGCGGUUACGAGAUAAGCAUCUUCUUCGACUUCGACGUAGCCUCAGAUGCGAACGUUGCUCGCUUUCGAAGGCCUCUGCUCACCGAGGAAGAACGGGAAAGUAUGAGUGAGUGGCUCACGACAGCCGUAUCCCCAAGGGCGGUCAUGCGACAACUCAGUAAGAUUGAUGAGAAAUGUGAAGCCGUUUCGCCCUCUGCCGAUGUUAGCAUUUCUCAAGGUCCAUUCGGAGCUUUCAGACUAGCACAAGACCUGCCAACCAUGAACGAUGACCUUCCAAAUUGGACAGAGGGUGCACAGCUCGUGCAAGGCAUGGAGCAAGCAGACGAGAACGCCCUGACUCUUCCUAGCGGAACCUUGACGCCGAGAACACGGGCACUGUUUCAAUCCAUCCUCGAAUUUCCCGAGGGCGAUCUAACUUCAUCGACAAUGCCCUUGUGGAAUACGAUCGAUGAUUCGGCUCGCAUACAGGAGGUCUUUGACGAUGUAGACAUCACUAUCAACUUGCCCGAAUUCCAGCCACAACCCCAACUACUUGAGAUGGGCCACGACUUCCAUUUCAAUGCUUCUGGCUACGAUCCACAACUCCAGCAAACAAGUCCAUCCGACUCAAUGUCAGUAUCUGCCGCCAAUAACAGCAUCCCAAACGAUGCAGUCUAUCUUAUCAAGCAUUACUCGACCACAGUGCUUACCCUCCUGACUCCUUUCCGACAUAGCAAGACGCCCUGGCAUGUCCUUUUCGUUCCGCAUGCCAAAAGCUGUCUAGCGGCACUCACGCUCGGGGAGGCUCUGGACCAUGCCAGUCUCUGUGCAUUCUACGCUACGAUGUCGAUCAGUGCUUUCAGCCUAGGUGGCGUAACGCGAUCCAAUACGUGGUUCGAACAGGGCAACAUGUACCUCAACAUCGCACGUGAGCAUGUUCGCCGGAUGCUCAGGACUGCCUACGAUUACCCCAAGACUGCCAAAUACAAGCACACCUUGAUCGCCUUACUCAGCAUGGUGCAGGUAGCCAUAUUCAUCGGCAACCGUGAUCAGGCCGAGUGCUACUUUAUCGAGGCGGAGAAGUUCAUCCGAGUGAAAGGCCUCAAUCGCAAGAAGUCUCGCAAAGUCCGCCUACUACAUCAUUGCUAUGUGUUCGAAAGGAUGUUCCACGAAAGUGUUUACCUUGCUGGUAUAAAUUCUCCACAUCGCAGUCAUGCUCGCAAAGCUAUUGAAUCGAGUGGCGCCAUGGCGUACAGUCACGAUAGUCUCUCUUUCCGUCUAGGUGACUUGAACGAUUUGGAAAGUCAAAUGUUGCGCGUCAAGUGCCGCGAAGAAGGAGAGAACGAUCUGCACCUACAGAACCCAGGCAUCUGGCCCAAAACGCUUUAUCCUGAAAUCUUCGGCGUACCGGAGAAGUACGUGUUCGCACUGUCAUUAGUCAUUAGACUGGGCCAGUGGAGAGACGAAGCUAGGCACCAGGAUGCUGCUGAUGCUUUGUCCCUAAAAGACUUUUUGGGUAGCGCGAAGACCGUGGAGCGGUACAUCAAGCAGCUGUACCGACCAAACCAAGGGCCAAGUCCUUUUCCAAUAGACCCAUCCGAAGCUCCCGAGCCAAUGCUCGAUGACUUGCUCCAGGCCAUGCAACAUGCAUUGACAAUAUACUUUCACCGACGGAUCUACAACUUGGAGGCUGAUAUGCUGCAAACGCAUGUUGUCGGUAUUCACGACUGCCUUCUCCGGUCGGAAGCAGCCGGGGCCGGCACCAUGUAUGGAUCUGCUCGGCUCUUGUGGCCUGCAUUCAUUGCAGCAUGUGAAGCAGAAGAUCCUCAGGUUCAAGCCUCGUUUGCAGAGUGGUUCCAAAGUUCCGCAUCACGCAGUGGUUUGCCCUACUUUGACAAUGCAAAAGCGAGCAUUGAGCGAGUUUGGGACCAGAAACGCAAUGGUCAUGCAUCGCAAGUCACAUGGGUUGACUUCGUGCGGAUGGAGGGCGCUGCUCACGGGGCUAGUUGAGGCGAGCAAUCUCCAAUGUUCGGUCAGCAUCGAAUAUGACGCAGACUGAGCACUUCAAAGCUUCUGACUAGAGGUAAAUGGCGAUUAUCCACCGUUCAUGAUACG